AGUCCCAAUAACCAGCGUACUGAGAAGAGGAGGAGGAGGAGAAAGAGGCGGCAAAGCAGAGAAAGAGGGGGCGCGCGCGCGCGUGCACGCAGGCAGCCCGAAUUGGGGGAGUCGUGCAAAGCCCCAGGAGACAAGGGCGCACGGCGCGAGCAAAGGCCGACAGGCGCAGCGCGGCCGGGGCCACCCGAGUCUUGCACAGCGACUCCUUUUAAAAAGAAGAUGACGAGGGCGCGGGCCGGCGGCGUUGGCCACGCGGCUCCCGAGCUCACCGCGCUGGGCCGUUGCCGGUUCCACUGAUUCCAGCGCGCCCCGGAGGAGGCUCCGUCCCCGAGGCUCGGGAUCGGAGGGGGGACCAAGGCGAGGGCGAAAUGGCCCGAUGACAAAGGAAAUGUGAUCCCCCUUCGCUGCCAAGGUUUCAGAGAGGACGGACGUGAGGAGGAGGAGGGGCGCGGGGCGCGCGCGGAGCUCGGAUAGCAUUGCACGACGGCUCGCGCGGAGCGGGCAGCGGGUACAUCUAAUAUCUUCCUGCCGAUGAAUAAUUCAGGACGGCCCGCAGGGACCUGCGGCCCCGCGCUGCAGAGCAGCUAAACCAGAGGGGAAGGAGCGCGCGGGAGGCGCCCAGGCCGUGCGAGGCGGGGACACGAGGGCCCUGAGCCGCGUGGGGCGCGCGUGCGUGUUAAGCGCCGGCAGCCGCGGCCGGGCUACGCGGGCGCGCGGGAGACUCGAGGCGCGUGGGACGCGCGUGCGUACUACCCGCGUGCGGCCGCGGCCAGGCCCCCACGAGCUGCAGCUGCGGCGGGGCUGACCGCCCUGCAGGAGAGGCCGCGCCCGGCCGUGCGCAAGCCCCGAGCACAGCACGCCGGGCCACCCAGGAGCCCCUGGCCACCGCGUCAUGCGGUGGGGCGGCCGGCGUCGCGCGGGGGGACACAGGCUUGGCGUCGCGCCGCUCCCGCCUUUACUAGUUUGGGGAGCAUUCCUCUCCCAAGAAGAGACUAAAUUCAUUUAAAGAAAAGCAACGCACCAAAUACUCGUGGAACCAAAUUCCGCUUCUCCUGCCGGGACUGGGAUUGCACAGUGGACUCUACUUUUGGGGACUUUCCUCGGCUAGCGAGACGCUCAACUCCAGCUGCUCCAGGGAGUCCUCUGACCUCCCUGCCCCCGCUCGCCCCUCGCGAGUCGGGACUUGUUCCGGCGCUCCCGCUUCGGAAGGCACGCAGUCUUCACGUCCUCCGGGAGGAAUCUGUGUCGCCUCUGGAUAGUGGCAUUUAAUGCCCGCAGCGUCGGGGGUGGCAGCGCGCGGGCCGGGAGAGGCGAGGCCAAGCGGGCCGCGCCGCUCUGGUGCCGGCUCCUGGAUUGCAGGCCUAAUCGAUGCAUUUUUCUGAGUGAGUCGGCGUCUCCCCCACCCACCUCGUCCGCUCUCUCCUCUCCUCCUCCUCUUCCUCUCUGGUCUCCUCCCUCCUCCAGGCCUGGUUGCAAAUGGCUUCGUUCCCUGAGACCGACUUCCAGAUCUGCCUGCUGUGCAAGGAGAUGUGCGGCUCGCCGGCGCCGCUCUCCUCCAACUCGUCUGCGUCGUCGUCGUCCUCGCAGACGUCCACGUCGUCGGGGGGCGGCGGCGGGGGCCCCGGGGCUGCAGCUCGGCGCCUGCACGUCCUGCCUUGCCUGCACGCCUUCUGCCGCCCGUGCCUCGAGGCGCACCGGCUGCCGGCGGCAGGCGGCAGCGCGCCAGGAGAGCCACUCAAGCUGCGCUGCCCCGUGUGCGACCAGAAAGUAGUGCUGGCCGAGGCGGCGGGCAUGGACGCACUGCCCUCGUCCGCCUUCCUGCUCAGCAACCUGCUCGACGCCGUGGUGGCCACGGCCGACGAGCCGCCGCCGCCGCCCAAGAACGGGCGUGCAGGCGCCCCAGCGGGCGCGAGCGGCCACAGUAACCACCGGCACCACGCGCACCACGCGCACCCGCGUGCGUCCGCCUCGGCGCCGCAGCUCCCGCAGGCGCCGCCGCCGCCCGCGCCUUCCCGCUCCGCGCCGGGCGGCCCGGCUGCCUCCCCAUCGGCGCUGCUGCUGCGCCGGCCUCACGGCUGCAGCUCCUGCGACGAGGGCAAUGCGGCUUCGUCGCGCUGCCUCGACUGCCAGGAACACCUGUGCGACAACUGCGUCCGCGCGCACCAGCGCGUGCGCCUCACCAAGGACCACUACAUCGAGCGCGGCCCUCCGGGGGCCGCCGCCACCGCCGCGGCGCAGCAACUCGGGCUCGGGCCGCCCUUCCCCGGCGCGCCCUUCUCCAUCCUCUCGGUCUUCCCCGAGCGCCUCGGCUUCUGCCAGCACCACGACGACGAGGUGCUACACCUGUACUGUGACACUUGCUCGGUGCCCAUCUGUCGUGAGUGUACAAUGGGCCGCCACGGGGGCCACAGCUUCAUCUACCUCCAGGAGGCGCUGCAGGACUCACGGGCACUCACCAUCCAGCUGCUGGCUGAUGCCCAGCAGGGCCGCCAGGCAAUCCAGCUGAGCAUUGAGCAGGCCCAGACGGUGGCAGAACAGGUGGAGAUGAAAGCAAAGGUGGUCCAGUCGGAGGUCAAAGCCGUGACUGCGAGGCACAAGAAGGCCCUGGAGGAGCGGGAGUGCGAGCUGCUGUGGAAGGUAGAGAAGAUCCGCCAGGUGAAAGCCAAGUCUCUGUACCUGCAGGUGGAGAAGCUGCGGCAGAACCUCAACAAGCUCGAGAGCACCAUCAGUGCCGUCCAGCAGGUCCUGGAGGAGGGGAGGGCGCUGGACAUCCUGCUGGCCCGAGACCGCAUGCUGGCCCAGGUGCAGGAGCUGAAGACUGUGCGCAGCCUCCUGCAGCCCCAGGAAGAUGACCGGGUCAUGUUCACACCACCCGACCAGGCACUCUACCUCGCCAUCAAGUCCUUUGGUUUUGUCAGCAGCGGUGCCUUCGCCCCACUCACCAAGGCCACGGGCGAUGGCCUGAAGCGGGCCCUUCAGGGUAAGGUGGCCUCUUUCACCGUUAUUGGCUAUGACCACGACGGGGAGCCUCGCCUCUCAGGAGGUGACCUAAUGUCAGCCGUGGUCCUGGGCCCCGAUGGCAACCUGUUUGGUGCAGAAGUGAGCGAUCAGCAGAACGGGACUUACGUGGUGAGCUACCGGCCCCAGCUGGAGGGUGAGCACCUGGUGUCCGUCACCAUGUGCAACCAGCACAUCGAGAACAGCCCCUUCAAGGUGGUGGUCAAGUCGGGCCGCAGCUACGUGGGCAUCGGGCUCCCGGGCCUGAGCUUCGGCAGCGAGGGCGAUAGCGAUGGCAAACUCUGCCGCCCUUGGGGCGUGAGUGUGGACAAGGAGGGCUACAUCAUUGUCGCCGACCGCAGCAACAACCGCAUCCAGGUGUUCAAGCCUUGUGGCACCUUCCACCACAAAUUUGGUACCCUGGGCUCCCGGCCCGGGCAGUUCGACCGACCAGCCGGGGUGGCCUGUGACGCCUCCCGCAGGAUCGUUGUGGCUGACAAGGACAAUCAUCGCAUCCAGAUCUUCACCUUUGAGGGCCAGUUCCUCCUCAAAUUUGGCGAGAAAGGAACCAAGAAUGGGCAGUUCAACUACCCUUGGGAUGUGGCGGUGAAUUCUGAGGGCAAGAUCCUGGUCUCUGACACUCGGAACCACCGGAUCCAGCUGUUCGGGCCUGAUGGAGUCUUCCUGAAUAAGUAUGGCUUCGAGGGGGCUCUCUGGAAGCACUUUGACUCCCCACGGGGUGUGGCCUUCAACCAUGAGGGCCACUUGGUGGUCACAGACUUCAACAACCACCGGCUCCUGGUCAUUCACCCUGAUUGCCAAUCAGCUCGCUUCCUGGGCUCGGAGGGCACUGGCAAUGGGCAGUUCCUGCGCCCACAGGGCGUGGCUGUGGACCAGGAGGGGCGCAUCAUUGUGGCGGAUUCCAGGAACCACCGGGUGCAGAUGUUCGAGUCCAACGGCAGCUUCCUGUGCAAGUUUGGUGCUCAAGGCAGUGGAUUUGGGCAGAUGGACCGCCCUUCCGGCAUCGCCGUCACCCCCGAUGGAAUGAUCGUCGUGGUGGACUUUGGCAACAAUCGAAUCCUCAUCUUCUAAUCACAUUUUCUGGGCUUCUGUGUUGGGGUGUGCUUGUGUACCUCUCUCUCUCUCCUUUUGAAUUUCAGAGAAGAAACAGUCUCAGGGAAAUUUUUUUCUUUUGUCUAAAGAGAACAAGAAGAGUACAACAUUGCUUAAGUCCUACCUCAUCUUUAUUUUUUUACAGAUGAAUGUACUUGUCUUUUCUGCAGGGAUUGAGCCUGUGAAGUGAUUAUUUCUAUCUACCUCAUAAAUCUUUACAUUUCCUUCUCCAACAGGCACUCUGCCCUCCUCCCACCCUCACUCAGUGGAGUUCACGUCUCCCUCUUCCCUUCCAUGGGACGUGAUAUGCACAAGCCGAGCAUCUCUGUGGCUGGGAGGGCGCUGGAUAUGUGUGGUGGGGUGUAUUCUGUAGAUUGAGCCAAGGAAACACGAAGAAACUACUAAGUAAAAAAACGAAAAACUAUAAAACAUGGAAAAAUGGGAUUUAAAAUGCUUAAUUAUAGGGUAUUUGUGUUCUUGAGAAUACUGUGUUUAUGGGGUUAGAUUGUGUUGUGUGAUCUUGAUCUUUUUGGAAAUUUUUUUAAAUUUUUUUUUUUUUUAUGCUGCAACAGAGAACUUUUCUGUGUUCUCCUUUCAUACCUCAAUGUGUUUAUCAUCCUGUUCAGCAUCUUUACUUAUUCCUAGAAGAUGUGGCUGUGGCUUGCUAGCCAAGAAAAGCAGACCAUUCAUAUUUUAGGGUAUGUAAUCUUUGUUUCUUUUAAAGGAGGGUGUGUGUGUGUGUGUGU